GGUCUCUUUCUUUUCCCUCUCUUGUACUUAAUCUUUUCUCUCUCUUUAGCUAACCUAUCGUUGUUCUCGUCAGUCAUACGCGUUUCUCUCUUUCUUGCGCUCCCUCUCUCUAGCUUGUUCGACUCUCGAGACCGUGACUGACUCGAUUCGCUUCGACUCGGCAGUCGCGGUUAAACUCGCGCAGGAGGCGUUACGUGCGAUUUUCGCGUCACGCGCGUUAUUCAUAACAUAACGAGAGAGGGGAAAAAAGAAACCGUCAUAACGGCCGGCUUUUUGUUUCUCAAAUGUAUAAAUCCGAAAGUAUGUUGUGUCGUAAAGAGUGAACUUUUGUAUUUGCACAUACCGAUCGUUCUUCAAAACAAUCGAUUCAAUUCGAGAUGUAAUGUUUAACAAGAGAAUCGCGUUUAUCCUAGUCUGUUGUUUGAAGGCGAACGUAUUAUCGUCAAAUGUGGCACACGAUGAAAAGAAUUUCAGCGUGUUGAAAUUCUGAUUGUAUCGAAUAUAAACGUCGUUUCGCAAGACAGUGAAAAUUGUCCGCAAGAGAACGAUCGAUAUUCGAAUUGCGAUCGAAGUCUGGUGACAAAGGUGAGAAAGUAAACAAGCUGCGCGUGCACCGUUGUCGUGUACGCCAUGUGCGUCCCAGUCACAUCCACAAGUGCUUUGAAGAAAGGUGGUUUUAUCGUACGAUAAGUCUUCGAAUUCUUCGAUAGCAAGAGAACGAAAAUUAUUUGUAAUCAAAUAGAAAAUUUAAAUUUAAAAGUGUCGUUAAGAAUAACAGCGUGAUAUUGCAUCUGCAAAUGCAAUUGUCUCGUUUUCUAAAUUGUGAAAGAAACGGAAUAUUAAAUUUCUCUCUCUUACUCUUUGUUGGAAUAGUGCGAUAAGGUUAGGUCGCAACGUUUCAUCGAACGAAAAGAAACAGUUGGAAUAAUUAAAAGAUACGAUUCGAGCAUUCUUGUUUCGCGUACUAAAAAAGUGGACAGGAAAAGGAUUGCUCGUAAAUCUCUCGUUUCUCAUCUGUAUUCUGUGUCGAAUGUUGGAUAAGAUUGGGGUAAAAAGAAAUUGGGCGCGAUAAAUUUGAAAGUCAGCUGUCGUUGAAGUGGGUGAGCGUUAAUUCCUCUACAACGAUUGACGUUCGAUCGUUAAAACUAUUUUAACGUCACGUAUUUCGACAAGACGAUCGCGAGAUCAUAACAGUAGUUCGGAAUUCAACUCGAAAGUUGAUCCAUCCUGCAUCCAGUCGUUAGAACUACAGUAUUCGAGAGUGUUGAAUUCAUUUAAAUACUGUUCACUGAAAACUAGUUACUCCUUCGUUUUCCCAACAGUAUUAACAAUUAGUGCCACGUCUUUUAACGAACAGUUUGAUCGAUCGUUAAACAUUCUUUAUGACUAACGAUCAUUUGCCGAGAUGAAGAAAUGAUCGGCGUCGCGAAUCGGAGGCGCAGCAGUCGGCUUCCAGCUCGAGAACGAGUCGAUUGAACAUCGUCUCCGACGAGCGACGUUUUCGACAUCGUAAUAUCGAUUAAUGGGAAAAAAAAAAAGAAAACGAUCGAAUUGAGAACGAUCGAUUUCAUCCAUCUCUACCUCCAUCGCGAAAACGAAGUUUCUGUGCGUGUUCAGGCCUCCCCAGGCACGUGGAUGUUAUCGAAGGAAAUUUGCCCCGAGAGGUCGGUUCGCUACGUGGGAGCGAUUACAACACAAGCGAGUUCAUUCAUCGUAGGGAUUCCAGUGCACCGGAAGUGACGAGACGAGAGAGUGCUUCCCCGAAGUUGGUUGCGUGCGCGCGGGCGCACGAGUCGUCAACUUCUCUAGCGGAACGCGCGGUGGAGCGGUUGAAGAGCGUGUAACGUGCGUGUAUAGCGGCGUUCCGUGUGGAACGGGAAACUGCUAGCGCGGAGUGGAGAGGAGAGGAGAGGAGAGAGUCGAAGCGAGUCGCGCGCGAGCGGUAAGCCGUUCGAGAGAAGAGGCUCGAGAAGAAGAACGCGCAGCUGGGGCGAAGAACGGUGAAGAAAGGGGGAGAAAAGGAAGCGACGCAGAAGAGGAACAAGGAUGCGGUCGUGGUGGAGAAUAGCGGGCUGCCGGACGACCGAGCAACGUCCUGCGAGACGCACGGUCGCUCCUUGAAGGACACCGCGGUUUUCGUGUCCGAAGGAUGGACUGCUCUCUGUCGAAGAAGGAACGAGUUGCGUGCGAGACGAGCGGCGCUCGAUUCUUACAUGUCGACCACGCUGUUUUAUGAACCUGAUUGUUCCACUUCGUCGAGGCGCCUCGCCACACUGAGCGCACGAUUAUGCAGCUGAAGAAAGCGAUGCUUAAGAUAUUCGAUCAAUUAGGCCUGCACUUGCGGAGCAUCGAAGAACCGAGGAUGACGGCGGAGACGGCAGCUCCUUGUGUGCAGGGGAUGCAAGGGGUGCAGACCGCUAUGGCCGGCCAGGGGGCGUUGCAACAGGUGCAAGAUGGAAAAUCCACCGGUGGUGGUUACUAUUCCUCCACUUCCGCCGUCUACGAUCCGGAAUACGCCCGCAUGGAGGCAUGGCUCGACGAACAUCCCGACUUCGUCAACGAUUACUUUCUCAGGAAAGUGACGAGACAGACGGUAGACAUGUGGUUGGUCUCGCACGCGACGCCAACGUCCUCGUCGAGCAGCUGCGUCGAAUUGUCGAGCCCGACCCAUGCAGGUGGCGCGUCGUCCUCUGGCCGUGGUGGAUCAGGCGGAUCAGGUGCCACCACUCCUGUACGAAAAAUCUCGGCACACGAGUUCGAGCGCGGCGGUUUGCUAAAGCCGAUCGUGAACACGAUCGACGGGACGCCCACGUUCCUCAGCGUUUCGCCCGGGGAUUCAGGACAGCCUGGAGGUCAGCAGGUUGGCUCCGGAAACGCGGGCAGGCCCCAGAGACGGUCCAGACACGAGUUGAGGCAUCUCGACGAGAAAGAUCUCAUAUUCGAAUUGGUGAAGGAUAUCUGUAAUGAAUUGGAUGUGAGAUCAUUGUGCCACAAAAUCCUGCAAAACGUGAGUACCUUGUUACACGCGGAUCGUGGUUCCUUGUUCCUGGUGCAGGGGGAGAGAGGCGGUGGCUGCAUGCCGUCCUCGCAAAAUCACGACUCCACGUCGAACAAUCCAAACGAUAAUGGGAAUCCAGGAAGAACGGAGCAACGUGGAUACUCGAGGAGCAGAUGUCUAGUCUCUAAGUUGUUCGACGUGUGUUCGAGAUCGACGCUACUUGAAAUGGAAAAAAAAGAUGAGAUCAAAAUUCCCUGGGGCACAGGAAUCGUCGGAUACGUUGCCGAAAGCGGGGAACCUGUUAACAUACCAGAUGCUUACAAGGAUUCAAGGUUCAAUCGCGAAAUUGAUGCAUUGACGGGAUACAGAACCAGAGCUCUUUUGUGCAUGCCAAUAAAGGAUUGCAACGGAGACGUUAUCGGCGUUGCACAAGUAAUCAACAAACUCGGUGGUGAAAGUCAAUUUACUGCGCAAGACGAAAAAGUUUUUGCUGGAUAUUUACAAUUCUGUGGUAUUGGAUUAAGGAAUGCGCAGCUAUAUGAAAAGAGUCAAUUAGAGGUUAAAAGAAAUCAGGUUCUUUUAGACCUAGCUAGGAUGAUUUUCGAAGAGCAGAGCACAAUAGAGCAUAUGGUAUUCAGGAUUUUGACCCAUACGCAAUCCUUGAUACAGUGUCAACGAGUACAGGUUCUCCUCGUGCAUAAGGCAUCGAAGGGCAGUUUCUCACGAGUGUUUGAUUUCGAGGCGAAUGACCUCACCGGCGAGGAUUCAGAUUCUCGCACUAGUCCAUUCGAGAGCAGAUUCCCUAUAAAUGUCGGCAUCACCGGUUACGUUGCUACAACUGGAGAGACCGUGAAUAUACCGAACGCCUACGAAGAUCCAAGAUUUGAUCCUUCCGUAGAUGAUGGCACUGGUUUUAGACAUCGUACUAUUCUCUGCAUGCCUAUCAAGAAUUCCUCGGGUCAGAUUAUUGGUGUUAUUCAACUGAUCAACAAGUUCGACGAUCUUGCUUUUACAAAGAAUGAUGAGAACUUUGUCGAGGCGUUUGCUAUUUUCUGCGGCAUGGGAAUUCACAAUACACAUAUGUAUGAAAAAGCUGUGAUAGCAAUGGCCAAACAAAGCGUUACUUUAGAAGUGCUUAGUUAUCAUGCUUCCGCAUCAUUGGAGGAUGCACAAAGAUUAAGAGGUUUAAGAGUGCCUUCUGCUGCGCAUUUUCAAUUACACGAUUUCAAGUUCGAUGACAUUUAUAUGGAAGACGACCAAACAUUAACAGCGUGUCUUCGAAUGUUUUUAGAUCUUGAUUUCGUCGAACGUUUUCAUAUUGAUUACGAUGUCCUUUGUCGUUGGCUUCUUAGUGUAAAAAAGAAUUACCGAAAUGUCACAUAUCAUAAUUGGCGUCAUGCGUUCAAUGUUGCGCAAAUGAUGUUUGCCAUUUUAACUGCCACGCAAUGGUGGAAAAUUUUUGGAGAAAUUGAAUGUCUUGCAUUGAUUAUUGCCUGUUUGUGUCAUGAUCUGGAUCAUCGUGGUACGAACAAUUCUUUUCAAAUCAAAGCAUCUUCGCCAUUAGCACAACUUUAUUCAACGUCAACGAUGGAACAUCAUCAUUUUGAUCAGUGUCUCAUGAUACUGAGUAGUCAAGGAAAUCAAAUUUUAUCAAAUUUAUCUCCAGAAGAAUAUUCUCGUGUGGUAAAAGUUCUUGAAGAAGCAAUCCUUUCUACUGACCUAGCAGUUUAUUUCCGAAAGAGGGGUGCUUUCCUUAAUCUAGCUCAAGGUGGUGGCUACAAUUGGGCUUACAGUGAUCAUCGAGAACUUUUGAGGGGAAUGUUGAUGACCGUGUGUGAUUUGGCGGCGAUAACUAAACCUUGGGAAGUUGAGAAGAGAGUGGCGGAAUUAGUUAGCAGUGAAUUUUUUGAACAAGGAGAUAUCGAAAGGCGGACUCUCAAUAUUACUCCUAUUGACAUUAUGAACAGGGAGAAGGAGGACCAACUGCCAAUGAUGCAAGUUGGCUUCAUCGAUUCGAUUUGCCUUCCUAUUUACGAGGCAUUCGCAUUAUUAUCGGAUAAAUUGGAACCGUUGGUGGAAGGUGUUAGAAAGAAUAAACAACAUUGGCUUGAGAUCGCGGAAUCCAGAUGUAAAUCAGACAAUUGUACGAAUCACGACAGGACACUAUCUGAUACCGAAGAAACUUGCGAACAGGCGGAUUAGUAGUUGUUAUUUCAAUGGAGAAGUGAAAAUAUGAAAAUGGAGACAAUUGUACAUGGAUAAAUAUUCGUUUUUAACGAGGAACAAACAAAACACGAUAUCAAAAGAGAGCAGCAGGUAAUGACCAUUGUCACAUAUUUGAAAAGAUUUGCAUCUUCGUCUCGAUACUAGAUAUUAUAUAAUUAAUACACUGUGAGUUCAUUUAUUAGUUAUAUAUUAAUCAAUAUAUUAAUUAUAUAAAAAGUGAUGAGAAACAUUCUUCACAUGGAUGAUUCAUAAUAUUGUAAUUGCAAAGAAAAUAAUUUUUCAAAGUAGUAAUUUUGAAAAAAUUAUUUAUUAGAUUGAGGGGUUAUUGAUGUAAGUCUCGAUCGUUUGCGAAUGCUAUUUAUAUAUAACAUUAUUGUUUAAAUUAAACGCGAAUAAUUUGUUCCGCUAUUCGAAUAUUAAAAAAAAAAACAACAUUGUUUUUAGCGAGAUUAUCAUGUACGUUUUAUAUGCUGUUCGUCGAUGAAAUAAGAAAAAUCAAUCAAGGAGGCUGAAGAUGAUUAAUUUAAGAUGAUUGUGCUUCGUCCUCUCUUUGGUAAUAAAACAGAUCAACCCCGAGAUGCUACUCUUGUACCUGAUCGUAUUGUACGUAUACUUACUAUGGCAGAUCUUUGAUGUCCAGAGAGGGCGAAGAAGAAGGACGAUGAUAGAAUAUGCGAAAUCCGAAGGAAUUGCGACGAAAAUUGAUUUUCUUUUCUUUGUGAAAUUUCCAUUAUGAAUUGAAGACCUGUGGCCAAUCACAUUUUAUGUUUUCAAAUAUAAAUAUUAACGUUGAUAAUGAAUAUAUUAUAAUGGCUAUAUACUUGUUGCGGAUGAUAAUUGGAUAACGAUCCAUUGAAAUGAAGGAUAAAAUGACGGUGCUAUUGAUGUAGAUAUAAUAAUAUUGUUCACUUUUGUUAAAUUUAGAAUAUCGUACGUAUACGUAUCAAAAAUGUAUUACCGAAUUAAAGAAUUGUUUUUUUUUUUUUUUUUUUGCAGUAUUUUAAGCUAUAAGAUUGUUUUUUUGUGCUUAUUUUUGUUAAUAAGAAAUAUCGAUAAUUAUAUAAUAAUGAUUUCAUAAAUUUAUAAGAAACGAAAUUGUAAAUGUAACUGAAGAAAUAAUUGCUUGUUAUCGAGAUGUUUUGAAUCUCGUUUAUCAACAAAAUUACUACAGGUCUUCAAUUAACGAGACGGAUAAUUCCUCAAUAAUUACGUAGAUAUAAGAACUCUCAGCUCUUGUCUUGGAAUCGCGUUUACAGGGAAUUGUCUCCGAUUUAUGGACUCGUCCGACCAAGAAUCGAGUCUUGCGUGUAAUUAUAUAAUGUAUUCGUAAACCAAAGUGUACGUUUAUACAUCAAGAUCAAUUGUGAUCUUUAUUAUUCGAUAUGGCAAUGAUUUUAAAUGCUGUUGUGCGUGCUAAUUAUUAUAAUUAGUGGUUAGAUGUGACGGGGAAUAAAUUUUUUCGUCGCUUAUCUUGCUUAUCUUGAAUGUUUUUUAAUAUCGUUUAGAUUCAAAUAAUCGUUUUCCUCUUCGCACAAAGCUUCGAUGAGAAGAGCAUUUAGAAUUUAAAAGAUAUUUAAGGAAAAUGAUGAUAACGUAUCUUGUUACUUUUAAAUACAGAUGAAUUUUUAAAAUCAUUAUUGAAUACAGGACAUAUCACUGUGAUUUAACAUAACCAAAUAUUGUGACUUAAUACACACAUAAUAUGUAACAGUGAUUCAUAAAUUGUGCAAAAACGUACAUUAAAGAUCAAAAUAUUUGAAUGCAAAAAGUAUAAGUAUUUAGAUCGCUCAAAAUCAAUUUCUAUAAAUUUUACUUGAUUUCACAAAUUGUAUAUUUUACUCCCAAAGUUAACAUAUCUGCUCUGGAAAUAAAAAUAUAGCUUUGCGAAGACGAAAGCAUUUCAGGAUUCGUUCGCGUGUGAUCGUUACUUAUAAUGAUAGUCCGUAUUUUAUAUAUGUUCCUUUCAUUGUUAAAAAGAAGUGUCCUUUUUUUUAAAAUCGUUAAAAAUAAAUUGUCUAUUUUAUUGCGUGACGCUAUAAGAGAAGCAAAAUGGUGUAAGAAUUGUGUGAUAAAAAAAAUGUUUAUUGCGUGUGAUUGUUACAUUGUGAGUGAAUGUUACGCCGAUAAAAGCGAUGCGAUGUACAGUUUUCGUGUAAAUUAUUGAUACGUCAAAAUCGAGUUGUUUAGCGUGUAUGUUUAUGACAUGGUUUAACAUAUAGUAUGAGAGUCAUAUAUUAUACUGAACAACAUCUAAUAUAUUAAAACAAGACUAAAUUAUGUGAUAUAUCUAUAA